UCUAAUGUAAAAAUUAGGUAAAAUAUUACUUCCGCAAUUUUUAUUCUAUAAAUUUAAGUGAACGUUUGGCGCAACUCAUCAAGAAUUAAAAAAUGAUAACAUUUCUUUUACUAUUACUAGCCUCACUACUUAAAGAUGGAGAGUUUGUUUCAAUAGAUCAAUGCGGUGUGUCAGUAAAUUGUUUGAAGUAUCCUUCUGAUUGUACAAGUUUUGAAUCAUGUAAUGCUGUUGCUUUAUAUUCUUAUAACACUGUUACUGGGCGUUUAGAAGUACAAAUUACUUCUACUGGAAAAUGGGUAGCUUUUGGUCAAGUCUUGAACACAGCACCUAAUAAAAUGACAAAUUUGUAUGGUGCAUACUGUAUCAAAGGAAAUGAUCAAGUCCCUAAAUUUGGUUUAUUUAAAUCAUCUGAUAUUGGUUCGGUUAAUUACAUAAGUACAUCCAGUGUUGCAAGUGUGACAUUGGUAGAGAGUACUGUGAACGGAACUUACUUUACUUGCUCGUACUCACGCCCACUGGAUGUUGGUACUUAUGUAGAUAGUUUACUUCCACUUAAUGAUACACUAUAUGAUGGUACUUUGGCAUAUGGAAGUACUCUGAGUAAUGAUGGUCUGCUUGCAUACCAUGAUAACAAGAUUAUAUCUCAAAAUGUUAUAAAUUGGACUUUGAACCCUAAACCAUCUAUUAUCAUUGCUUCUUCGAUUCUUUUGUCAAUACCUUCAUACCCCGUGUUUAAUACUGAUAUACUUAAUGCCAUGUCUUCAAGCAUGUAUAAUAUGACAAGUAUCUCUGGUAUGACAAAUGUCUCUUUUGCAACAAGUGUUUCAAUAGCUCAAACGAGUAACUCUGUUGCGAAUACUCUUUUGAAUUCCACUUUCAGUAUUUCACCAUCAAUUAAAGUUAACUCUAGUAUUUUUGCUACUAAUAGUGCUUUUGUAAGCAAUAAUUCCAAUAGUAAUGCUAAUGCUCUGCCUAAUUCAUCAGGAUUAAAUUGCAAAGCUUCGCUCCUGGUAUCAUUUGCAUCUUUCUUUAUCGUUUUGAUUAUAUAAAAGUAAAAAAAGUUUUCUCAGCAGCAGUUGCUAAUUGUAAUUUAAAGAAUUUUAUGUUAAAUAUUUUGUUUAACUAGCGAUCUAAUGUUACAUAAGAUCUGAUAAAAGUGGGCUAGUUGGGUUAUGACGUGUACUAUGGUUUAAAAAAGAUUUAUUAACGUUGUAUUUAUGAACUUUUUUUGAGAAGUCUUUUUUUAUGAUAUAUUUUUUAA